CCAACAGAAAACUUUUCGUAGACAGUUUAACAGAAAAAGUUUUUAAUAGUUUUUUAUUUUUAGGUCUGAAUGAAAUAUGGUCUCGGGCAGAUGCGAAUCUUCGAGAUCUUUGGCGAAAAUGUACCAUGAAGUAUGAAGUCACUCUUGAACCAAAUAAUCUCUCAACUCAAAUCCGGUAGGCGCGUAGGCGCACAGUGGCUCCAUCUGUUGGAUGAAGGCAAAAGCUUGAACAGUUCGUUCGCGUUUGCAGCCGCUGCUAGUUCGCACGAGAUCCAACAGAGCGUGCUGCUGCUCCCGUUUGCUGAAUGUUGUGUUGUGUGCAGUUGUUGGACGUGAGGGGUAUGGGACACCACCACGCAGGCGUGGCUGUCAGUCUAUCGUCGGCGACCAUGGCAACGCGUAAACAACCACCGCAGAGGCACCUACGGCCCCCACAUCGGACAUGGUCUGUUUCACCUGCAAGUGACCUCGCGGCCCACGACCAUCAAAGAGGCCCUCAAGCGCUGGGAGGACAAGCAUCCUGGAGAGAACAUUGCCGAAGCGAAGGAAGUCAACUUACAGUGGCAAUGGCCACCCAUCGAAAAGAUGGACAAUUCCCUCUCCGUCCUGUCUGCUUGCGAGUGAGUUGUGUCCACACCACCGACGGAUCACUAAAACUGUCGCUGUCCACAAACAUGAUAGAGAAGAUAGCCGGCAUCAGUUCUUUGAAACACCUGAAAAUCCUUUCGCUGGGAAGGAACUACGUUAAAAAUUUUGCUGGCCUUGAGGCCGUUGGCGAGACGUUGGAGCAGCUGUGGAUCUCAUACAACCUUAUCGAAAAGAUCAAAGGGGUGAACGUGCUGCGGAAAUUGAAAGUGCUGUACAUGUCGAACAACCUCGUCAAGGACUGGGUCGAGUUUAACAGGCUGUCGGAGAUACCUCUGCUGGAGGACCUGCUAUUUGUGGGCAAUCCGCUGCACGAGAACACGGACGAGGCCAUGUACCGCGCGGAGGUGGUCAAGAGACUCCCAAACCUCACCAAGCUGGACGGCGAGCCCGUCAUCCGGGAAGUGUGAGCGCCGCCGACUCAUCGGGGGGCGUCGGAUCGGACCGGAGAUUGUCGCCGACGCAUGCGGAGCAAAACUUUUUUAAUUAACCGAACAGUUGUGCGCGCAACGUGGAUAUAACGUUCCGCCAUCAACCUCGUGAUGUUCCGGCGCGGAUCUGGAAUAAAGUGCUCUUUGUAUAACUA